AUGGAGAACGAGGUACCCUUCGCAGCCGAUGCGGAGAUUGACGUACAGCUACAUGCCACAUCGAUUACUCACAGCAGUACAUCUUCCCUGACUCCUACGGAAGAUGUCUCGAAGAACGCUGUUUCCGUGCGAGUCAACGAAGAAACGCCUCUACUGCCGCGAACCGAACGAGAAGAUGAUGACGUUCCGCAAUGGUCAGAUCCCAAUGCGGCAGACAGCCGGAGCUGGUGGAGGAGACCAAGUGUCUGGUGGUUGCUCCCGUUUGUUUUCACCUUCUCACUAGGCAUCGGUGGAAUGGCAGUCCCCAAAAUCAAUUUGAUCCUCAACCUCGUCUGCAGGGAUUAUCUUUCUGAGAAGGCCGCCCGGGACCCCAAUUUCACAUACCUGCCCAUCAUGUUCGGGGAUGACAAUGCUGAAUGUCAGAUCCCGGAAGUGCAGUCGCUCGUGGCACAGUUUCAGCUCUACUUGAAUCUAGUGACGGGGAUCUGUUCGGCGCUGGUGAGUCCGCGAUUGGGCCAUUUGUCAGAUCGCUACGGCCGGACAAGAAUCAUUGCCCUCACAGCACUGGCAUCAGUUCUUGGGGAGGCGGUCACUGUGUUCGUGGCAGCUAGGCCGGAACGAACGUCUGUGAACGUCCUGCUUAUCGGUGCUCUUCUGGACGGCCUCGGCGGGUCCUUCACCACUGCCGUAGCAUUGGUUCACUCGUAUGCGUCCGAUUGUGUUCCUCCAGAGAAGAGGAAUGUCACAUUCGGGUAUUUCCAUGGUGCACUGUUUACCGGAGUUGCAGCAGGCCCGUCCCUUGCGGCGUACAUCAUCAGGAGGACAGGAAGUGUCUUGAUUGUUUUCUGCAUUGCAAUCGCUUUCCACAGCUCUUUUUUCCUCGUAACAAUGGCGGUUGUCCCGGAGUCGCUGUCGGAGGAAAGACAGCGGAUUGCCCGAGAGAAACAUCGAGCGAAGCGGUUCAGCGAGGAAGGAUCAACCAAAUGGCUCUCGUUGAGCAAUUUCAACCCGAUGAACCUGAUUACGCCUCUUUCUAUCUUACUACCGCCGGUUGGGCGGCCCAGCGUUCUGUUCCCCAGUCGCCGUGGCGCCAGUCCCUCGUUACGAAGGAAUCUCAUUGUCCUAGCUGCUAUAGAUGCGGCUAUGUUCGGAGUCGCUAUGGGUACAGUCCAGGUUAUUAUCAUAUAUGCUGAGUACAUGUUUGGCUGGGGCAAUGUUGAGUCGAGCAUUUUUGUCUCGAUCGUCAACGCUGUCCGGGUUCUCAAUCUCUUCCUGAUUCUCCCAACAUGCACCCGCAUCUUCCGUCGUCCACCAGCCGUGCAAAAGUCCAUUCCCGGUUCAGACAUGUUUGAUAUUAUCGUCAUCCGACUUGCCAUUCUAUUUGACAUCGUCGGCUACAUCGGCUAUGCUUUGUCUAGGCACGGCUCCGCUAUGGUGAUCUCAGGAAUGAUUGCCGCAUUUGGGGGCAUGGGCUCGCCGACGCUACAGUCCAGCCUUACCAAGCAUGUACCCCGCGAUCGAACGGGCCAGAUGCUCGGCGCCGUCGGUCUCCUGCAUGCUCUUGCGCGGGUGAUUGCCCCGGCAGUCUUCAGUCUCAUCUACAGUUUUACUGUAGGGAAAUUUACACAAGCAGUGUUUGUGUGUCUUGUGAGUGGGUUUUGCCUUGCCUUCCUCCUCAGCUUGUCGAUCCGACCGAAUGCCGGCCUUGACGAGACCAUGGAUGACCUAGAGGAUGAAGAGCAUACUCAUCUGCAUCCUAGCAUGUGA